CCCAUCCUGCGCUGCUUUCCAACAGUCACCUUCAUGAAUAUAAACCCAAUUGUGAUGGAAAGGGCUUGUUAUGAAUAACAGAACACUCAUUUCACCCUUCUGACCCUGAAGCAUUUUCAGGAACUGAGAACAGGAGAUCAAAUAUUAUUCCAUUGCUUUUAUCACUCAGGAAAUUCCAAAGGUUUUGGGAGCUGUGAGCAGGGAACUGUGGAUGAGGACCUGAUUCAUGUGAGAAGUGUAUGUUGGUCAUCUGAAUGACCAAAUAUAUAUGUAUAUAUUUCUUAUAAAUCACAAUAUCACACAUAUAUCCUUCCUUCCUUUAUAAAACUAUUUUACAUAUUUGAAUCAGUGUAUGGAAAAAAUGUACAAAUGGCCUCUUUCCUUUAUCCCACCGUUUCUUUCCCAAGGAUUUAGUUAUGUUACCAAUUGUUGCAGGUUCUUGCCCUCAAGUUAAAAACAGUAGAUCAAGUGCUCAUCGGGAUAUUUUGGAGACUGGACUAUGCAGUGAAGAGAAAAUAGUAAGAUUCACAAGAAAUGUUUCCUGCUCGUUUUUGGGAGAAAACUGGGCAUUUCAUAACAUGAGAGAUCAGCGUGUAACCCAGGAGAGGCAUUUGAGAAAUCAUUUGGUGGAGAGUCUCUGUGAAGGUAAAGAAGGCCAUCAAUGUCUAGAAACCCAGAACCAGCUUACACAUCUUACUGUGCAUAAGGGUUAUCUGACUGCAAUUCAGCCCUGUAAAUGCACUAAGUGUGGAAAAGCCUUCAGGGAUUGUUCUUUCCAGAGGAAUCAGCAAAGAUCUCACACUGGACACAGACCUCAUCCAUGUGAAGAAUGUGGGCAAACCUGCAGCUGUGUCUCAUGCCUAAAUCCUCCUGGUGGAACAGAAAUUGUAGAGAAAACCGAUAAACUUCAGGAUGAUGGGAGAGCAUCUAAGAGAUAUGUGAAAAGUCACAGUAGCAAACAGUCUUUAAAGCGUAAGAAAUCUAAAAAAUCAUUCACUUGCCCAUCAUCUGUCCAGCGACAUGUGAGAGGGCAUUAUGGACACAAAAUCCACGUGUGUGAAGUAUGUGGGAAAUCCUUCAGUUAUUAUUCCCAGAUUGCACGGCAUGUGAGAACUCACACUGGAGAGAAACCCUAUGAAUGUAAAGAAUGUGGGAAAGCUUUCACUCGCAUCUCACACUUCCGAGAACAUGUGAGAAUGCACACUGGAGAGAAACCCUAUGAAUGUAAGCAGUGUGGCAAAGCUUUCAGUUGGUGCACUUACCUUCGAGAACACAUGAGAACACACAGUGGAGAAAAACCCUAUGAAUGUAAGCAGUGUGGCAAAGCCUUCCCCUAUCUCAAAUCCUUGCAAGGACAUGUGAGGAUCCACACUGGAGAGAAACCUUAUGUGUGUAAGGAAUGUGGGAAAUCCUACAGUUGUCCCAAAUACUUUAGAAAACAUGUGAAAACACACAGUGGAGUAAAACCCUAUGAGUGUACAGAAUGUGGGAAAACGUUUAUUACUUCCUCAUCCCUUCGACAACAUAUAAAAACACACAGUGAAGAGAAGCCCUAUCAGUGUCAACAGUGUGGGAAAGCCUUCAGGUAUCUGAUAUCCUUGCAAAGACACAUGAAGACACACACUGGUGAAAAUUCUGAAUACAAAACUGUGGAAAAGCCUUCAUUCUCCCUUAAAACCUCAUUGUAAAUGGAAGCAAUCACAUGGAGUGAAAUCUUAUGUAUGGAAAGAAUGUGGAAAAACCUUCAGCACUUCACUUAUUUUGUAAAUGAAAACUCAGGGCACGACAGAAAUCUUUUGUUAUAAACAUGGUUUUUCCUUUGUAAGUGCCUCAUCCUGAGGGAUCCCAGUGUAUUAAUUUCUAGUUUAUGUUGCUGAUCUGAACACUUAAGAUAAUUAACUAUCCCUCCAUGUCCCCUUCAUCUGUACCUCAUAUAAAACUUGUCUCGUUUCCAUUACAGUGUCUUUUGAACCCAGGGAUGUUAAGUGGGUUUUGGUUUUGGGGUUUUUUUCAUGUGCAACUUGGUAUAAUUUUAGAUGAAAAAAUUUUUGAUUCUUACGUCUCAUUGUUUUCCUAGUAUGUGAUCAUGAGACCUGUAUUGUUGAAAUGUCUUUCCUGGUCUACUGUUAAAGAUACUGGAAUUUUCUGACUCAGUGUUUACCCUCCCCUGGAGUAUUAAGCUGAAAGGUGUGUCUUUUCCAUGUUUCCUUGUUGCAUAUAUGUCCUCACAGAAAUUAGUAAUUGUGCAAGGUCUUGGAGGACCUUCUGUCUCAUCUGAUUAUGUUCAUAAUUUGACCUCUGUUCAUGUCCAUGAUCUUGGUUGGAAGUUGGACAUGAUCCAUGGAGUUAAGAAGAGUGACUUGCUGGCAUGAAAAUGAAAGCUCCUGUCCAGACGGUUCUACUGAAUUGUGUUGUCAGCUUGGGUGAGGUGGGAAACUGUAUAUCCAGAGUCCUUCUUUUAGUGGUUCUGAGUUAAGUUCAUGGGAAGAAGAAGAUGCAUGAGGUCAGGAAAGCAGAAGUGGGGAAGCCAUGAUUCUCGGGUCUUCUGUACCAUCAGGAGACAGAGAUGCAUGGCAACCUGGUGAGCCUGAGUUCCAGCACUGUUUUCUGACUUCUGGCUCUGCCCAUGCGGAACAGCCCCCCACCAGACAUGUGUUUGACGUUAGCUCCCUGUUGGGCAGCAGAUUCCACACUUGUCCACAAGUUCCCUCAUUAUGGAUCUUCUUUGGUUUUCGAGUGCGCACAGUUCCUUGCAUGUUCCUAUGGCUCUUUGGUGUCCAUCAGCCUACUUCUUGAGGCUUCAGAAGAUCACCUAGUGAUUUACUCAUAUCCUGUGAUCCCCCCCCUUCAUGUCUGAUGAUUCUCAUAAUUAUGUGAUCUCUGUAAGAAGCAUCUUGUUCCUUUAGUAGAGAGGCUGUUUCCUUCCUACCCAAAUUCAGGAAACUUACUUCCCUGGUUGCAUUGUUGAGGCUGCACUGACCCUACAUUUGUUGUUCCUGGAUACUUCUAUGAUUGCAAUAAGCACUUUUGAACGUAUUUGGCCUAUUGUGAGCGUUUUCUCUCUCUCUCUCUCUCUCUCUCUCUCUCUCUCUCUCGACUGUGUUGGGUCUUUGUUGCUGUGCAUGGGCUUUCUCUAGUUGAGGCAAGUGGGGGCUACUCUUCGUUGCAGUGUGCAGGCUUCUCAUUGUCAUGGCUUCUCUUAUUGCAGAGCAUGAGCUCUAGAGUGCAGGCUCAGUAGUUGUGGCACUUGGGCUUAGUUGCUCCGCGGCAUGUGGGACCUUCCCGGACCAGGGAUUGAACCCGUGUCCCCUGCAUUGGCAGGCGGAUUCUUAAUCACUGCACCACCAAGGAAGCCCAUGUUUUCUCUUAUAGCUGACAGCUCUCUAAGCCAUAAACCUACUAUAUUUACUUACCUUGCAUUUAUAUAUGUGAUUACCCAGUGUUUAAUUAUUUCAUUUUUUAAAUGUUUUGUUUGUAUUCAUACUUGAUAGACCAGAGUUGUCAAUAAUUAUACAAUAAUCAGAAAAACAAGCUGCAAGUUGGUGUCCAACAAUCCCCUAUGCAUUGGUACGUCUGUCUGCAUGAUGGCUCAUAGUACUGAGAGAAAUAGCUUCUUCACCUGUACCUUCCAAAUUUCUUGCAAAUUAGGCUAUUGGUGAAUUAUAACCCAAAAUUAUGAAGAUGAUUCUGGGAAGUAUACAUCCCAGCCUUACCCACAAUGAAAUAACACAAUGCAAUAGAACCAUAUCUAUCUUUCAUUGACCUUUCAUAAGUAGCACAGUAGGGGCUAGAGGGAUAUGAAGAUGGAGAUUUUAUACAUAUAUAUAUAUGUAUGUAUAUAUAUAUAUAUAAAGUAUAUAUAUGUAUAAAAUAUAAAAUAUUUCUGGUUCCAGAAAAUAGUAUAAGCAGAACAGUAAAAUAACUAUUUCAGAUAACACUGGAAGUUGAUACUUAAAUGGAUUAUAAAAUAUAUAAAAGUAUACAUAUACUGAGUUCAGUAGUGUCCCCCCAAAUUUUAUGUCCAUCUGGAACCUCAGAAUAUGAUCUUUUUUGGAAAUAAAAUCUGAUUAAUGGGAGACAGUAGGUCCAAAAUGGAGUCACUUGUGUUAGGCAGCCAACCAAGAACUUAAUAACGAACCAAAUCACAGCAUCAACUUUUCCCAGGAAUGUGGCCUUUAACCAGUGAACCUGGCAUUUCCUGGUCUACAGUAGGAGGUAUUCCACUGAUAGACUGCCCACGCUUCUGUUCCCCUCAGCAGGGUGACCUUGCCUGAAACAAUGCACUCUUUGCUAAUAACUUUCCUUUUUCUGUCCCUUCUCUGUCUUUAAAAAACCAUUAUUUCUGCAGGUCUUUGGACCUCCUUUCUGCUUGCUAGAUGAAAUACUGCCUGAUUCAUGAAUUGUUUAAUAAAGUCUAUUAGAUGUUUAAAAAUUACUCAGUUGAAUUUUUGUUAUUUAGCAGAUUUGAUGGCAGUGAUAGGAUCUGAGAUGAACUUCUGAUGGCAUUUGGGGACAAUGAGAAACACAGAUGUGGUACAAGGGAACCCUUUGAGUUCACUGUCUUUCUCAUUAUCUCUGAGGGCUAUGGGUAAGUUCCUCUUGGUUCUGAUCUCUACUCUCUUUCCCUUGAGUUCUCACUCUAGUUGGCUUUUUAGUUUGCAAUUUCCAGGUGUUUGAGUGGAAAACUCCAACGCUUUUUCUGCCCCAAGAUCCACAUGGGGACUGUUAGUAGCAGCUUGCAGUUCCCCAACCAUGUGGAGCUCCUAUUCCACAGUCCCCAUUUAUUGAGGUCUGCUGGAUCAACCCUUUCCCUACUCCACAAUUCCACAGAAAUUGCUGGUGGUGCACACAGAGCUUUCUCUUGGGAAGUCUGCAGUAAUUAGGUUUGUGCUGUGACCAACACAACCUGCUGCACCUGGAUCAACAUUUCUGGGAAAAUUGAAACUCAGUUACGUGAGCUCACUGAGUAAGCCCCUUGGCUGAAAGAGAUGACUCUUUUGGUGGGGACUUUCUUUGACUUAUUUGAUUUUGAUUGGUUUGGGCCAUGGGGAACGUGGCUGUAAAGUGCACUCUGAACAUUGGGCAUUAUCUUCUUUCCACUAAUAAUAAUAAUACGCUUUCUGGUGCACUGUAUCCCCUCAAGAGUCUUUAAUGUGCGUUCAUGGCUGCAAACCACCAAGCAAAUGAUCUAAGACUGGAAUGUCAGAAAAGAAACAAGAGAAUGACCAAAUUUAAAAUGGAAACCUAAAGCUGUGACCUGUGAAUAUCACAAGGAUUAAGCAAAAAGUGUCAUGACAUAUGGAUACCACACAAAG